CUAUAUAAAGGCGACGCUUUCCAGCCCUUUCUUACCGCCAAAUUUGUAUUGCGUCCUAGAAAAUAAACACGAAAAACGAAAACGUCCUCCCUCCCUCUUCCAAAGAUGUGCCCUUCGGGCAGGCAGAGGCCAUCGGCGUUGACGGGAACCACAAUCCUCGGGGAGGCAUUCGCUGCGCUCGACGCGGACGGCGACGGCCGGAUCGGCGCCGACGACCUCCGGGUCUUCCACGAGCGCUUUUUCUGCGAGUCCGUCGACGACAAGGCGAUCCAGUCGAUGAUAUCCGUCGCCGACGUCAACGACAGCGGGUUCGUGGAAAUCGGCGAGUUCGGGAGGGUCCUCAGCCAGCCAGCCGCCGAGGCGGCCGAGCGAAAGGUCCUGGAGGAUGUAUUUCGGGCCAUGGAUCGGGACGGGGACGGGAUCAUCGGGUUCUCGGACCUUAAAGACUACAUGAGGUCGGCGGGGAUGCCGGUGAGCGAUAGGGAGGUUAGAACGAUGAUGCGGAUGGGCGGUGGAGACGAGGUGAAGGGGGUCUCCUUCGACGCCAUGGUGAAGAUCCUGACCGUCGAACUCUCUGGAAGUCGUUAGGUCGGAGAGAGUGUUCUGACGGGUUGUCGUUGUCGUCGUCGUCGUUGUUGUUGUUGUUGUCUUUUUUUUUUUUUUUUUUUUUUUUUUCUGACGGGUUGUUUUGAUUGUUUGGCUUGACCAUUAAUCAUGCUAUUACUGGUUGGUGGCUUCUUCUCCUCUAUAGAAGCUAGUAAGGAUUGUUUUGACGAGAGACGCUUUCUCCAUAUUAA